AUGGGCAGCAGUUUGACGCUGGUUGGGACCCUCUGGGCUUUCCUAUCCUUUCUCACAGCAGUUGCCAGCUCGGCCAGUUACUUUAUGCCCUGUUGGCUCGUUGGUUCCCAGAUGGGGAAGCCGGUUUCAUUUGGCACCUUCCGACGGUGCACAUACCCAGCUCGGACGGAGGAGAGGCACCUGGUGAUGGUGGAAGAAUGUGGGAGGUAUGCCAGUUUUGGGGCUAUCCCCAGCUUAUCCUGGCAGAUCUGCACCGUGGUGACGGGAAUUGGCUGUGCCUUGCUGCUCCUGGUGGCGUUAGCAGCCAUCCUGGGUUGCUGUGUGGAAGAGCUCAUCUCUCGGAUGAUGGGACGCUUCAUGGGGGCAGCCCAGUUUGUAGGAGGGCUGUUGAUAAGCUCAGGCUGUGCUUUGUAUCCCUUAGGAUGGAACAGCCCAGAAAUACAGCAGACGUGUGGGAAUGCCUCCAAUCAAUUUCGAUUAGGAACCUGCAGACUUGGCUGGGCAUAUUACUGCAUGGGAGCUGGGGCGGCUGCAGCCAUGCUGAUUUGUACCUGGCUCUCAUGCUUCGCCGGAAAACAUCCCAAACCCGUAAUGUUAGUGAAGAGCAUCAUGCAGAGUGCAAAUCCAUAUGGAGUGGAGCUCGAGUGCUGCCUUAAACAAUGA